UAAGAUCUGAACCAGCGGAGAACGCACGCUAUUGUUAUAUCAUUAUCAUUGUCAUCGUCCGUGGCGAUUCGCGCCGUGUCCCCACCGUGUGUCCGCGCGGCCCCUGUGUUUUCGUCGUGUCGACCGUGUGUUGCCGCCUCCAGGAUUCACCCCGCCGGUAGGGGGGCAGGAGGGGGAAGAAGCUCGUCAUCGUCCCGCCGUCGCCUGUGGAAAUUCGCCCCGCACGAGGAGGCCGAGGGGGGCCCUCAAUCUUCGCCGAGGACGAGCGGGCGAGCGUAUGCGAGGAUCUUGUUGUCCGGAGAUCGCGCCAAUUCGGUGUGGACAAGGUGACAGUCGCCGCCAGUGGACGGCUCUGCUCUCCUCCGAGAUACGUGCGCUCGAUCGGGGGUCAAAGGAUGACGGGACGCAGCGGCGCGUCGUCGCCGCGCCCUCUGACAGCAAGCCGCGCACGGGGCGGCCCGCCCGUCUGAACACGUGGGAAUUCGCCGCCGCCGUCGCAACCCUCUUUUCGCCCCCCUUUCGCCCGAGACGAGCGUCGCCCGUCCAUCGUCAUCGCUAUCAUCGCCCUCGUCGUCAUCGGCCUCGAUAACUUCCAUUUUCUCCGGUGGAAUAUAAUAUCUUUGGGUGUGAUCGUCGUGUCCAAGAUACACGGGAUCGUGUCGCACGUGUAGGGGAAGAGAAACGUUUAAGAGGGAAGUGGUCGAAAGUAUAAGACUCGUGAUCGAUCGAUUCGUUUCCUCGCCGCCCGAUUCCUUCGUGGCCGGGCACGGUGGAAAGAAGACGUCGACCGGUCGAUUAGAAUCGAGGGGAGCCGAUGACGGGGACGAGGAAGAGAAGGAGGUCUCGGGACACGACGGCCGAGAUGGGCAGGAUUGAUCGGGAUGUGCUCGACGCCUAAUUAAAUCGAUUAGACUUUGGGGUUAAUUGUUCUGGAACGUGAGUUACCUGACCAAGAACUGACCGCGUUCGUACCACCAGCUACCGUCAUCUUUAUUAUUCGCCCUUCGUUGUUGUCGUGGCCAGUGGUGGUGGUGGAGGAUCGUGAGAAGACGAGCGGAAGGAGGGACGGUCGCGGAGGGAAAAGGAAUCGAGCGAUCGUAUCUAUCGAAACUAUCCGCGGAACGGAUCCGCUUGGUUGGCCGCCAGUGAGUUUUGGGAAGAAAUUUCGGGUGCUAAGUGACGUCUCGUGUCCUUCUUCGCUCGAACCUACCGGUGUCACCUCUUCUUCACCACCCGUUCUCUCUCUCUCUCUCUCUUUCUUCCCGCCCUGCUCUUCGUCCCAAUUCCGGUUCCCUUUUUACUCCGUUCCCCAGGUCAGAGAGAGUCUCCAAUCGUUCCUUUUCUACGAGGCCCCCGAUUGAACCGUCCGUGGCUCUCUCGCGGUUGUCAUCGGCAUGUGAGUCAAAGUGAACAACACCGUGAACAACGACUGGUGUCCAUUGUUGCGUUCAGUGCUCUUUCUUUCCUUCCCUUCGUGACAAACAACACGGAUCUCCGUACCCUUCGUGAUCGUGGCUCCGAGUGACAGAAGACCGGCUUCGAACGGCCGGUUUAGAACGCCGUUUUCCCAUCUCUGAUGAUCGCUCAAUUAGUUCGAAACUCGUGCUCCCACAGUGCAACGGUCGCGAAACGAUCCGACUUGGUUCGAGGUUGGUAACACGUCGUGUCAGUGUGAACCGGGAUUGUUUCAGGGAGCAUUGUCUCUUGUGGUGUCGUCCAAAUAUAUAUAUAUAUACACGUAUACAUACGAAGUACGUAGCAAAGGUGAUUCGAGCAGAGUGGAAACCGAUUAUGCGGACGAGUAGUCGCGGUGAUCGAUGAUCAUCCGCGCGAUCCUCCACGCUCCUCGCUCCUCGCGGAAGCAAUCAGCUGGAACCGAGUGAACGGUGUGCUUCCUGAUGUUCGCCGUGAUUGUUCGACGGUGGAUGGGGUCGUCGUCACGGCCAUAAAGCCGAUCAGCUGGAAGGAGAUUCGAAGCCGAUUGAGGAUGUCCUCAAAGAGGAAGUCACCACCAACGAAGCUAUCGGAGGGCGGGGGCGGCACGGGUACAGUGGCAGGCGCAAACGAGGAGGAGGAGGACACGACCUCGUCGGUGACCGGUGGUCCCGGUGGCGAGGUAGCCGUCGGUGAAGAGGGUCCCACCACCCCCGUCGACAUCGAGGACUGUUACCCCCACCAGAGGGGAGGUGACUGCGAGUCGUCCGGCUGCUCGUCGCCGGCGACAACCAGCGAGCCCGAUCUCAGGGACUCGCCCUCGCCAUCGUCGAAUUCCUUGCGGACCAGCAAGCGGCAGAGGAUCGUGUUGACGGGGCAGGAGGCUCUUGCCUACCAUUAUCCCCCCCACCACCACCACCACCACCAUCACCAUCACCACCACCAUCACCACACGAACACAUCCUCGUCGUCGGGCGGCGUCGUGGAACCCGCCAGCUCCUCGGAGUGCGGCUCGCCCCCCACACCCUUAACCGUCGACCCCUAUUACCCCACCCAUCCCCAUCACAACAACAACAAUAACACCGUGACGCAGAAUAACAACAAUAACAACAACAACAACGGCGGGAACGCCACCACCGCGACCACCAAGAGAUCCAUGGACGACGUGCUCAAGAGGUUAACCUUCAAGAUGAACAGCGAGUCGCUGUCCCUCCAGGACGACACGAGUAAUAACAGGCGGAACAGCCCGCCGCCCACCUCCACGCCGACCGGGCACAACGCGCAUUGCGGAGGCGUCGCCAGCGUGGCGAACAGCGUGCCACCCUCGCCCCCGGCAUCUGGCAGGAUGCAGAACACGGAUGGACAAGUGCAGCAGGAUGGCGCGUCGGCCUUGCACAGGGUCUUCUGCGCGGAGAGCUUCGCGGAGAAGGAGCGGAGGCUAUCCGAGAUGAUCCUGCAGCUGCAGCUGCUCAGGGAACAAUUGCUGCAACAGCAAGAUCAGUCGAAGAUGAUCAGCAGCCACCGGGAAGGGCCGAGCUGGGCGACGGCGCAUCUCGCGCAGAUGACCACGCAGAUGGAGAAGGAAGCGUCGCCGACGCCGAUCUCUUCCGCCGUGGCGCCGACCGCAGCCCCCUUGCAGGACCUCGACGCGCCUCUCAACCUCACCAAGCCGAAGUCCUCGUCGUCCGGGGCCACGGCGUCCUCCUCGUCGCCCGGAAGCGACUCCCACUCGACCGGGGCCGGAAGCAGCGGCCAGCAGGAGCAACCGCUCGCGGCCACCGCGCCGAAGCUCUUCCCUCCCGGGCUACCGAUGCCUCGAAAUUAUCUCACCACUCUUCCUUACGCGGGUCUUCCACCUCACCUCAGCUCCAUCUCCUCCCCGAUGGGCAAGGUAAUGGCCAAAGACGAGGCGGCUGGACCUGGAGGUGCCGUGGCAGCAGCCGCGGUCGCCGCCAUGGAGAAGCACAUCGCGAUGCAUAGCAUUUACGCGAUACCACCGAGUGCUGGCGCGAUGCCCCCAUCGCCGCAGACUCAACGGCCCGGGGGUCUCAAGCACUCCAGUUCUCGGGAAGAGGCCGCACAGGAGGAACAGGACUACCUGUCGACACCUCACAUGUGGCGGGAGCCGGGUUACAAGGUACCGGAAGACAUAACGGAAAAAGCUAAAAUGGUGAGACAGCAGAAGAGGGAGGGUGAGAACAAGCCACAUAUCAAGCGGCCUAUGAACGCGUUCAUGGUGUGGGCCAAGGACGAGCGUAGGAAAAUUUUGAAAGCCUGCCCGGACAUGCACAAUUCGAACAUAUCGAAGAUACUCGGAGCUCGAUGGAAAGCGAUGUCGAAUUCCGAGAAACAGCCAUACUACGAGGAGCAAUCACGAUUGUCGAAGCUGCACAUGGAGAAGCACCCCGACUACAGGUACAGGCCGCGGCCCAAGCGCACCUGCAUCGUGGACGGGAAGAAGAUGCGCAUAUCCGAGUACAAGUCGCUGAUGCGGCAACGGCGGCAGGAAAUGAGGCAACUGUGGUGCCGCGACAGCGGGCCAGAGAUGAGCUUCCUGUCCCCGGUCGGCUCAGAGCUGAGCACGCAACACCACCCGGGUACGGGAGCCGGGCCAUCGGCGAGGCCUAGCGUGUCGCCUCCGGCCACCAUGUUGAACGGCGGCGCGGCCGGCCCCAGUUCCGACCAUCCAUCCUUCUAUUACCCCCAGGACAGCCUCUCGCCGACGGACAUGAUGAACUUCUCGCCAGAAAACUCGGGAUCGAUCGGUGGAUACGACGCAAGCCCCCGCCACCACGACGAGGAUUGAACCGCGGCUCCGGGUCAGCCGCCAUGGCCGCCCGGAGCAUCCUCGUCAACAGCAGCAGCAGCAGCAACAGCAACGUCCACGUCCACGAGACUCGGCCACGAGUUGUUCUGGUAAAAGCUUGCGGUGAUAUUCGCGCAUAAAGAUAUACAAUGCAUAUAAUGCACGGUGGUAUAGGCCGUGAAAUAUCGUGAAAUCGGAAGGGAAAGAAUAACGAGGGAGGGAUGAACGUUCUCGAAAAUUAAGAAAUAAGUGACUGAGCGUUUCGAAGCCUCGCCCGAGAGGUUGUGAUAUAUAAUAAACGAUUCGAUUUAUUCUGUGCCAUCGUACGACGCGUGGAGGCCCUCCCGCGGAUUCGAGCGAGGCGAGUCCAUGCCUUCCUUCGAUUACCCGUCGUCGUGUCGUCGUUCACGUGCGAUCGUUUGCGAGACGAUCCCGCCUCGCUCGUGCAAAAAUUAUUGUGCAACUCGGAUCGCACCGCGCCUCUUUGGGACAGUGUCGUGGCGAGCAGAGUCGCCCAAUGUCGGCCAACACGCCCCUCCCCUCCCGUUACCCGUAUCACGUGUACGUCGAACGAGACACCGGUGAACGUGAGCUCUCGAAGGAUAAAAGGGAAUCGCAGGAAGGGAGCUUGUUAUACUUGAAAUAUACGGGGACGGGGGAAGUUGAAGGCGACGGUUGGUCCACGCAGGAAGGCUUAAGAACGGACACACGACGGCGGACACGAGGAGUACAUGGUGUAUUCCGUUGGUGUAAUCAAAAGCGCGACCAAGCCGGCGCAAAAUUGCGAACGACAAGGCCUGAUCGUGUUUAGGUAACGUUCUUAGAUAACGAGAUAUGCGCGCGAGUAGAAUUCUCGAACAGGUAACGAACGUCGAUUCGCGUCGUGUCAACGUAUAUAUGUCGGUAUCCAUCUCGCGGGUGUUUUCCGUUUAUACGCGGGGGCGCAUAAAGAGCAACAAACAUAUGAACGCUAGAAUUAUACAUAAAAUAAAAUAAAUAAAUAUAAAUAUAAAAAAAUAUAUAUAUAUAUACACACAAUUAUAUAUAUAUACAUACCUGAUUUUUCGUAAGACUGCCAUGUGUCACGUGUGUGCGCGCGUAUCAGAAGAAGAUCGAUCCGAUGCAAUCUCCCGCUCGAUCGAACUCGUUUCUAUCGCGUUUCGGUAUUAUGAACCGCGUUUCAACACACCGCGAGACGAUCGCGACACGUAUUUCAGUGUGCACGUGCGUGAGUGUGUGUGUACGAAGAUACGGUGAGCGGCCAAAAAAAAAAGUCUUGUUCCUAUUCCUUCUAGUGUGUGUGUGUGUGGUCUAAUAGCGAUACGCCAUUCCGGUCGGCCGUGUCGAUACGUGAGAAACGAUGAUAGAAAUGAUGUUAAUUAAAAAAGAAAAAAGAAAGAAGAAAAGAAAAGAAAAGAAAAUAAAGAAAGAAAUUGAACGUAAAAAGGAAAGAAAAAGAAAAAAAACUAUGGUCCGUUGAUUAUCGCGUCAUAUUAGAUAUCGUGUAAUAUUCCAGGUUCACGGCGGACGCUCCUUUUUUUCCGUAUUCACAUGCAAUCACUGUUAUCCGGUGUAUGUCGCACGAGGACCGGAACAGAGGAUGAAAGAAAUAUGUGAAAUCUCAUAUUCCGUCACACGCGAUUUGCACCCGCUCGAGUCACAGGGAUAUGUGGCCACUUCGUUUCGCGUCUUUAAAAAAAAAAAAACACUUAUAGUACUUAUAGUAUUUUUCGCAAUUAAUUUAUGGACCGUAACGACGUUAACGACGAUUAAUCAGGGCAGAGAGAAUGAGACGAUGAGAGGGUAUGGAUCGAUGGGUUGAGCGAAAGAGAGAAGAGCGUGAAAAACGCAAGCUGCGAUAAAGAGAAUGUUCUUGUUUUGUUUUGUUUUUUUUU